AUGACAAGUACAACAAAAGAGAUAAAAAUUACUGUCUCAGGGGGGUCGGAUACCCCAGAGGCCGGCGUGGUAUCGGGUAUGGUCCCUGCCCGAUCCACGUCGUCAUCGGACGCAGGGCUGCUGUCGGCGUUGUCAGCGGGCGCUGAUGGACAGGUAGCUACCGCUGCUUAUGAAAAGGAAGAGUCGCAGGUGGGGAUGCUAUCGAAAACAGCAUCCUGUGCCGAUCUAUCUAGGUCGAGUUCCCGCGUGAGCCUGCGAAGUAUCUGCAGUAUGGAUGUGGAUAGAGAUAGCAGGAAGAGAAGUCGAGUAGAGCUGGAAAAAGGCUCGGAAAAAGAGGAUGAAGAUCCUGAAGAUGAAGAAGGAUCUAUUAAAAAUAGAAAGAUUGCUAGAAGAGGUGCAAAAAAGAUUAUUGAUGAUGAAGACAUUUCGAGUUCACAGGAAGGUUGUCAGAUGAGCGUACAGGGAGAUCCUCCGGCGAAUCUGAAAAUGUUGGCGCGUCAUACGUUACUCUCCGAUGAUGAUGAAGCGGCGGACUGUUACGUAGUAACAGGUCCGGAAAGGAAGAAAGGAGAAGAAGUAAGAAUUGGAGUGUUAAAGGAAGAAAGAAAGCUUGGUACAGUGAUAAAGAGAGGAAGAGGAAGACCAAAGAAAAUUCAUAGAAAGAAAAUAGGAAUAGAAGAAUUAGGAGUACACGAAGUAGAAGAUUCUGAGGAUAGUGAAGGAUACGAUGUGCUUUCUGCACCGGAAAUGGCGGCUACCGCGAUUGAAUAUCUUGAAGAGGCGGAUCAAAUAAGAAUAAGAUGUAAAAAUAUUAAGGGCGAUUUGUCCGGUGUUAUGAAACGUAGGAUCCAUAACACAAAAGAAAUUAUAAAAGGAUUAGCGCGAACUAUCACUAAAGUGCCUCAGAGGAAAGAAGGGGGAGAUGAAGAGGAUGAGACGUGUUUUUUACGAAUGGAAAAUAAAGAACUUAAAACUAGACUAAGAGAAAAAGAGAAGGACUGCCAGAAGAAGGAGAAAGAGAUUCAAAUUCUUCGCAACGAAGUAAAAGAAAUAGGCGAACAAAUGAAACUAUUGAAAGAAGAAAUAAUGGAAAUGAAAAGAAAUUACGGAAAGACUACUAAUGCAGAAGGCAGUCCCAAAGAUAGAAAUGAGAGAAGAAUGCAUAGAACACUGAAAGCGAUAGAAAAUGGUGAAGAUACUAGUAUUGCGGAAGAUUCUGAGGCGAUGGAAAGUGAAAGAGUACCUACCUGUGAAAGAUUACCUACCUGUGAAUGGUCCGGAGUUGAGGAUGAUCUACGCUUCAAGAAACCUUAUCCUGUGAAUCCUGGUCCCAGCAUCAGUCGUGGUGGAAGUCUGCUCCCGAAGCACCUGAAACAAAAAGAAAAAGAACAAUUAACAAGGAAAGCAAUAGAAGAGACUCUAAAGGAGUAUAAGGAAAUUAGAGAUCAAGUUAGGAAAUAUGGUACGAUUGCACAGGAGGAACAGACUGGGAUAGGAGUAGGAAGUAGGAAUGAAUACCCGGAACUCCCGAAACCGCAAAGAUCACAGAGAAUGAUGCAGCCCAGAAGUAUACGGACGGAUAUUAAAGUGGUGGAAAAUAUACAGAUUAGAAAACCAAGGAUAGAAAGUUUAGGACUGGAAAAAGAAACUAAAAGGAAAGAAGAGACUAUAAAGAAAGAGACUACAAAGAAAGAUUUACAAUCAGAUCAGGAAUGGGAAACAAAGAAAAGUAGGAGAGAAAUAAAAGAAAAUAAAAAGAAAGUAAAGGAAGAACAAAAGCUAAAGCAAGACAAGAAAUCAAUUCUGCAACAGCAAAAAGAGAAACCGAAGAUGGUGCGAAGGCUUCCAAGAUCUUCAGCUGUUACCUUAAGAAUAGCAGAAGAAAAUAAGGAUAAAUACUCUUACGCUGAUAUUCUCCGUAAGGCAAGAGAAAAAAUCUCGUUAGAGGAAAUAGGUAUUGAGAAAACUAGAAUAAGAAAGACUGCAGGAGGAAAUGUAUUAAUAGCAAUACCUGGUGCUAAUAGAGGAAUGGAGGCAGAUAGAUUAGCUGAAGAAUUAACUAAAGUAUUGGAUAAAGAGAUUACAGUUAGUAGACCAAAUAUAAUGGGAGAGUUACGAUUAUUUGGAUUAGACGACUCAAUCUCUAAGGAGGAAAUCAUGGAUACGAUUGCUGCUCAAGGAAAGUGUAAACUGUCAGAGAUUCGAGCCAGUGAAAUCAAGAUUAUGCGAAACGGACUUGGAAUGAUAUGGGUUAAAUGCCCAUUACAUGCAGCAGCUCAAUUAUUUAAAAUAGGAAAGAUAGAACCGGAUGUUGUUACCGAUGUGGUUCUUCGCAACACAAAGUCAAAGAGUGUACUAAUGAAGCCAUAUGUGUGGUGUGUAAAGAGAACCGUGUAG